AGGAUGGGCGACUGGAACUUUCUGGGAGGGAUUCUAGAGGAGGUUCACAUCCACUCCACCAUGGUGGGGAAGAUCUGGCUGACCAUCCUCUUCAUCUUCCGCAUGCUGGUGCUGGGCGUGGCGGCCGAGGACGUGUGGAACGACGAGCAGUCCGACUUCAUCUGCAACACGGAGCAGCCCGGCUGCCGUAACGUCUGCUACGACCGCGCCUUCCCCGUCUCGCUCAUCCGCUACUGGGUCCUGCAGGUCAUCUUCGUGUCCUCGCCCUCGCUGGUCUACAUGGGCCACGCCAUCUACCAGCUGCGCGUCCUGGAGAAGGAGCGUCACUGCAAGCGUGUGGCUCUCCGGCGCGAGCUGGAGCUAGCGGAGGCGACGGAGCUUGGGCCCGUACAUCGGCGGCGGGUGGAGCGGGAGCUACGGCAGCUGGAGCAGGGGAAGCUGAAUAAGGCUCCACUCCGGGGCCCGCUGCUGCGCACAUACCUGGCACACGUGGUGACCCGCUCCGUGGUGGAGGUGAGCUUCAUGACAGGCCAGUACCUGCUGUACGGGCCCAAGCUCCAGCCUCUGUACAAGUGCGAGCAGGAGCCGUGUCCCAACGUUGUGGACUGCUUCGUCUCGAGGCCCACGGAGAAGAGCGUCUUCAUGGUAUUCAUGCAGGGCAUCGCCGCCGCCUCACUGCUCCUCAGCCUGCUGGAGAUUCUGCACCUGGCCUACAAGAAGCUGAAGAAGGGGCUUCUGGACUACUGUCCGCAGCUGAGAGACGAUGAUUGCGGCGCCAAGAGGAACUCUCUGCUGCAUCAGGGGCGUAAAGUCACCGUCCCGACGGCGCCCGGCGGAUUCGCUCCGCUCCUGGAGAAGCAGGGCAACGGACCCGCGUACCCUGCGCUUGUUAACCCCUCGUCUGCGUUCAUGCCCAUCCAGGUGCGGCAGGAGAACAAGGACGUCGUUUCUAGUCUGCUGGAGCGCAACAGCAAUUCCAACAACCUGUGCAGCGAGACUCGAUCCCCUGCAGCGCAGAAGCGGCUCCCGGCGGAGUCCCAGAGCUCGCUAACGGAUCCAUGCAAGCAGCAGCGAAACAGUCCGGCUUGGAGCUGCGUCACGGCAGCAGAAGGGAAUGGCUCAGACAGCGCACACUCGGAGCCCAGCUCCGGCUCACGGCAGCACGGAUCCGCAGGGAAUCCCUCCUUCUCACCCAACAGGCAACGAGCGUCACUAACAAGCGGCAGCAGACGAGCCGCCAGCGACCUGCAGAUCUGA